AUUCAAAUGUGCUUGCGAAUAAUCCAGUGCUGGAUUACUCAUUCAUUCUUACCUCACCCAUGGUAGGAACCAGUGGUACUGAAGGUUAAAAGACAUUUUAAAGAAAACUUCCACAACAAUGACGUGAGUGUAAUUCGGGAAAACUUACGCUAAAUCGUAAUAUUACUCUUAACUAGUGUGUAUGUGAAAGUGUUACUACAUUGGGAAAAAUAUUAAAUAAUUGUUAUUUGAAAUUACAUGAAUAGUGAAAGUGUAAAAAUACGUGCUACAUCAAACAUGUGAUAAAUAUCGUGCAAAAUCUUAAAAUGUAGUGUUAAGUUACCAGAAAUGGCUCUUGUGGAAUCGUGUUUCUGUUGCAGUCUAGCCAUAGCCUCUGGAUUUUUUGCUGUAUACCUCCUGAUCGCGUAUUUGAUAGCCUUUGCUUUUGAAUUAUUAUGGAUUCUGGAGUCCUUGGUGGCCUUGCCAGCAGCAGCAGUCUUGUUAUGUGCAGGAUAUUUCACAAUGGCACUAUUUGCAGCACUACUAAUCCACGGAUUAGCAACGAAAAAUACUCUUUGUCUCAUCGCCUGGAUGUUCUCAGUAACAAUAUUAACGUUUCCAGAAGCUGGUUUAGUCAUUUACAUGAGUAUCCAAUACUGGCGAAUAGAAACCCUGUAUGGGGUAACCGAAUUAGCUAGUUGGUUAGUUAGGAUAAUUGUCAAUGUGAUACAGUUAAUUUUAAUCCAGUCCUUAUAUACGUCAUGGAAAGAUGAAGAAGUAGUUGAAAAACGAUUGAGGGAUUUAAAUAUGACAGCCAUACCUAUACCAAGGGAAUCGUUACCACAAUUAAAUAGUCAGUAUUACCAAAACAAUGCUUACGACAAUUCAGAAGAAAUCAAUAUGACACUCAAAAGAGCGACGUCAACUCCCCAUAUUUGGAACGGCUCUAUACCUAAUAAUUUAGCGUCCAUGCAGUUCGAUGGAUUUCAGUUUUGUACCACGCAAAGCGAAUUCAAUGCUAGCAUCUUUAUGCCGAAUUUCAUAACUAAUGAAAUGAAUCCAACAAGUAAAAAAGCUCAGUCGAUGAUGGAUCUACGAAUAUUAGAUGACUCUCAAGAUAAAAUCAAUUAUCCAUCGAUUCUCGCAAAUAAAACCGUAAUAGAAGCAGACGGCACCAAUAUGUCAAAUUUUGAUUUCAGUCAGCCGAGGCUACAGAAAUAUGCAUCCGUAGAUGCAUUAAAUGACAUCAAUAAGUCAAGUCAUGUGAUUAAAAAUAGAACAGGGUUCUAUGCCCAACCGAUUCCCAACUACGGUGUUCCAAUUUACUACGGACCUCUGGAUGGACCCGAUUUUCUCAUCUAUAAGAAGCAAUUAGAUAAAUUAAGCAGCAAAAACUCGCUAAGUAACGCUUCCGCUGAUGAUGUGCAGAAAUACAGAGACGUUGCGUUGUAACACCAAAAGCCAUAAUUGGUGUGAAUAUUCAUUGAUUAAUGUACAUCAGAUUGUGCCAUUUUUAACACGAGUUGGGUCUGUUUACUUAUGAACAAAGAAAUUUGCGUUACAGGGGAAUGUAAUGUUCAAAAAGGUAAAGACGGUUGUUAAAAUAAAUUAUAUGUUUGUAUAUAAUAUAUUAUGUUUAUUAAAUUUUACUUUUUUUUACAA